CCUUUGGUCUGUCCUCUAGGUACAUGGAUAGUGCCUUUCUUACCUGCUGCAUAGUAACUGGAGAGAGACUAAAUGCUUAACCAGUCCAUUUGAGUAUGGUCUGAAUAUGCGUUGUUUGGCAGCUCGGGUCAACUAUAAGACUUUGAUUAUCAUCUGUGCGCUAUUCACCUUGGUCACAGUACUUUUGUGGAAUAAAUGUUCCAGCGACAAAGCAAUCCAGUUUCCUCGGCACUUGAGCAGUGGAUUCAGAGUGGAUGGAUUAGAAAAAAGGACAGCAGCAUCCGAAAGUAACCACUAUGCCAACCACGUAGCCAAGCAUCAGCCAGAGGAGGCAUUUCCUCAGGAGCAACAGAAGGCACCCCCUAUUGUCGGAGGCUUCAGUAGCAAUGGGGGAAGCAAGGUGUUGGGGCUCAAAUAUGAGGAGAUUGACUGCCUCAUCAAUGAUGAACACACAAUCAAAGGGAGACGAGAGGGCAAUGAAGUUUUUCUUCCAUUCACUUGGGUAGAGAAAUACUUUGACGUUUACGGAAAGGUGGUCCAGUAUGAUGGCUAUGAUCGGUUUGAAUUCUCUCAUAGCUAUUCCAAAGUCUAUGCACAGAGAGCCCCUUACCACCCUGACGGUGUGUUUAUGUCCUUUGAAGGCUACAAUGUGGAAGUCCGAGACAGAGUCAAGUGUAUAAGUGGAGUUGAAGGUGUGCCAUUAUCUACACAAUGGGGACCUCAAGGCUAUUUCUACCCAAUCCAGAUUGCACAGUAUGGGCUAAGUCAUUACAGCAAAAAUCUAACCGAGAAACCCCCUCACAUAGAGGUAUACGAGACAGCAGAAGACAGGGACAGAAAUGUCAGACCUACUGAAUGGACCGUGCCCAAGGGCUGCUUCAUGGCAAGUGUGGCUGACAAGUCUAGAUCCACCAAUGUUAAACAGUUUAUUGCUCCAGAAACCAGUGAAGGUGUGUCUUUACAGCUGGGAAACACAAAAGACUUCAUUAUUUCAUUUGACCUCAAGCUCUUAACAAAUGGGAGUGUGUCCGUGGUUCUGGAGACCACAGAAAAGAAUCAGCUCUUCACUGUGCAUUAUGUCUCAAACACUCAGCUAAUUGCUUUUAAAGACAGGGACAUCUACUACGGCAUUGGGCCCAGAACUUCGUGGAGUACAGUGACCAGAGACCUGGUCACUGACCUCAGGAAAGGAGUGGGUCUUUCCAACACAAAAGCUGUCAAGCCAACCAAAAUCAUGCCCAAAAAGGUGGUUAGGUUGAUUGCAAAAGGGAAGGGCUUCCUGGACAACAUUACCAUCUCCACCACAGCCCACAUGGCUGCAUUCUUUGCUGCUAGUGACUGGCUAGUGAGGAACCAGGAUGAGAAAGGAGGCUGGCCAAUUAUGGUGACUCGGAAGUUAGGGGAAGGGUUCAAGUCUUUAGAGCCAGGGUGGUACUCUGCUAUGGCACAAGGGCAGGCCAUCUCUACGUUAGUCAGGGCCUAUCUUCUAACAAAAGACCAUAGAUUCCUCAAUUCAGCUUUAAGGGCAACAGCCCCAUACAAGUUUCUGUCAGAGCAGCAUGGAGUUAAAGCCGUGUUCAUGAAUAAACAUGACUGGUAUGAAGAAUAUCCAACUACACCUAGCUCUUUUGUUUUAAAUGGCUUUAUGUAUUCUUUAAUUGGACUGUAUGACCUAAAAGAAACAGCAGGGGAGAAGCUUGGGAAAGAGGCGAGGUCCUUGUAUGAGCGUGGCAUGGAAUCUCUUAAAGCCAUGCUGCCCUUGUAUGAUACUGGCUCCGGAACCAUCUAUGACCUUCGCCACUUCAUGCUGGGCAUUGCUCCCAACCUGGCCCGCUGGGACUAUCACACCACCCACAUCAACCAACUGCAGCUGCUCAGUACCAUCGAUGAGUCUCCAAUCUUCAAAGAAUUUGUCAAGAGGUGGAAAAGCUACCUUAAAGGCAGCAGGGCAAAGCACAACUAGAGCUUGAAACCAAAAGCGCGUUCGUUCCAGCCUCUUCUGAACUCAAGGGCUGAGCUCUGGGUCAGUGGCAGAGCUCAGCAGCGCGCCGCACAUUUAAGAUGGUGUGUGUCCAGGGUUUGUGGGUCACAGCAACGUGAGAAGAGACCCUUAAAGUUAGUCUUCUGAAACAAUUGCAUUCCAUGGGUCAGGUGCUUAGAAAUGUUUAGUCAGUGUGCUGAACAAAGAUGUGAUCUCUGCCCUGCUCAUCACUUAGGCCUCCGUGCAGAGUCCUUUUCAGUCUGUGAAAGAAAACGGUAAGUCGCCGCUGCUAGCCUGCUGCCCAGCACUUACCUAAAACUUAGUAUGGAGUGCUUUUCAAAUGUGAUUAUUUAUAUUUAUGCUGAAUGCAGGCUUUUAGAAAACAGUGUGCUGUACUGCAGUAAACGUGCGUAUAGCCUGGGUCGUGGACUGUGUGCAUUUUCAGAAUUUCUUUCCUGUAGAUUCAUUUCUUGGGAGGGAGGGAGCAUUUGUUGCAUUUGUUCAUUUAUAUAUGGAAACUACUUUGAAUUAUGGUUUUCUUGAACUAUGUAUAUUUAAACAGCCUGUGUUCAGGUCUCAUGGUCACAUAACAUAAGCACAACUAAAAUGAAACUUGUUGACUGCACAAGAAAGACAGACAUGCUGUGUUUCAUGAAACUUGAUCUACAAUCAGUAGGAGUUUGAUAAUCAUCUUCCCACCUCUGCCCCCCUUGCAGUGUGUCUUGUCGCUGUCUAGAACAUUGCAUUGCAUUUCGUACUACACUUUGGUAGUUUUGUCCAUUUUGAGGACAUUACCCAGAACAUUAAUUAUACGUCUAAAUUUGGGACAGAGCUAAUGAUUUGAAGCCUACCAUCGGUCCCUUUAGGACUUUCCCCCGUUAAAGGACAAUUACUGGGUUAAAUGGUAUGUUCAGGAGUCACAGUAAAGCUUGUCCUGCCUCACUUUUACAUCAUUGCUGCUGUCCUCACUGUUUCUCUGAAACUUAAUUUGAAUGAUUCCAGCACUGAAACAGAAGAGAUGCUACUGUGUCUGCUGUCCAUAUGCAUCAGAUCUCUAAGGGUUUCAGAGUCCUCGUGCAGUGGACAGUGUCUGCUGUAGGGCUUCAGGCAUUAGGUAGAAGCAACGAGGGUUUGCUCUGGUUUUUGUUUAUGGUGUGAUAAUAAGGAGAUAGUUAGGGAACACUAUCUUAUACUUUCUAGAGACAAACAAUGGAGCUUAUCCAUGCUACCUGUCAGAUGCACCUUUAAGAGCCAGGUGGAUGAUUUGCCCCCACAUUAGACUUCU